GUGCUCCAAACGGGCGGACAUAACUCUUCGAACAACGGGGUUGGCGAUUACGGGUUUCCUAUGUGUAAGAGUUUUCAGUUCGCUGUUCAACUGGAUCAUUUUUCCCCUGUUGACACAAGUUAUCCGUUGUCUCUUAUAUGCCAAGGUGAUGAUAAAACUCAGCGAAUGGGAAUGAUAACACUCGGCUGUAAACAUUGUCACAGCACAAAAUAUGUUUUUAUUGAUAAUUAA